AUGCGACAAUACCUGUUAAUAUUACUCGCUGUAUCUCUGCUGUACUUUUCGAGACAUUACUCGCCACUUUUGGCUGCAAUUGCGUUCGCUAUCCUAGGAUAUCAGGCUACAAAUGCCUUGAUUCCAUGUGUGUCGGCAUCGUUUGUGAAAAUAGGGCUAUUUGGUAAAGAUCUGAGCAAACCGGAGAGACCUGUUCUUCCUGAGUCCAUUGGUGCGAUCUCAGCAAUGGUUUACCUUUUCAUCAUGUUUUUCUACAUCCCAUUCCUGUUCUACAAAUACCUCGUGGUUAUUACAUCCGGUGGAGGUCAUAGGGACGUCUCCGUCAUGGAAUCAAUGGCACAAGAAGAGUACCUUUUUCCACACGGUAAAAUGUCUGAGUACUUGAGUGCUGUUCUGUGUUUGCAGAGUACAGUGCUUUUGGGAAUGGCAGAUGACCUCUUUGACCUGAGAUGGAGACACAAAUUUUUUUUGCCUGCCGUGGCAGCAAUCCCACUCCUUGUGGUUUACUACGUGGAUUUUGGUGUGACUUACGUUUUAAUACCGGAUGUGAUCAAAAACUGGUUCCCAACUACAAAAACUGCAUUGAACCUGGGAGCAUUUUACUACGUCUACAUGGCAUCCAUGGCCAUUUUCUGUCCAAACUCCAUAAACAUAUUGGCCGGCAUCAACGGUUUGGAAGUCGGGCAAAGUAUAGUGCUGGCUAUUAUUUCUUUGAUCAACGACGCGCUAUAUUUGACGCUGGGAAAUGAAGCGUCAAAGGAAGCUCACAGGUUCUCAGCCAUACUUAUUAUUCCUUUUCUUGGAGUGGCUAUUGCCCUGUGGAACUGGAACAAGUGGCCCGCUAAGGUUUUUGUCGGUGACACUUUUUGUUAUUUUGCAGGCAUGAUUUUCUCAGUGGUCGGCAUUCUUGGUCACUUCUCAAAGACUACUCUACUGUUGUUCAUUCCCCAAACACUCAAUUUCAUCUAUUCUUGUCCACAGCUGUUUGGACUGGUGCCUUGUCCCAGACAUCGAAUGCCUCGAUUUGAAGAAAAAAAUGGAUUGCUGUAUCCGUCAAGAGCUGAAUUCUCCGAUAAACCACCCAAAAAAAUAAUGAUGCCGAUUCUUCGACUCCUGCAUACUCUUAAAUUGAUAGACCUUCAAAUUGAACCAAAGACCAAUGAGAUCAAGAACUGCACAAAUAUGACGCUGAUAAAUCUCGUGCUGGUUUGGUCGGGACCCUUGCGCGAAGAUAAACUAUGCAACAGAAUUUUAACCCUUCAAUUGUUCAUUGGAGUUACAGCCAUAGCAGCGAGGCACUGUUUGGGGUCCCUCAUUUUUGGCCACGAUAACAUUCAGUUUAUAUAG